UGCACCGGCGAGUCCCUGAGAAGGGGGGCCACCUCGAGAUAUCAUCGAGAAGUGGUGGACACUCCUCGUCCCGGUCCCCUUCCCUUUUCCCGCUCAGUAAAUCCCAUCCUGUCACUUUAAGGAGUCUCUCUUGCCACGGCGCGGUGGAAAGCCCGGAUGCGGCCCUCUGAUUGGGCGGGGCGUCUCCGUGAUCUCAUUGAGAAUAUAAAAGGGUCAGGGUGGCAAUCGCCCCGGCAGAACGUCCUCGCAGUGUCACAGCGUAAGUUAGCGUGCGGAGAAAGGCGUGAGCGAGCGCGUUGGCCGGAGUACAGCUCCUGUCAGACCUGUCCAACCCGGGAGCCCCCUCUGCUUUUACCCCCCGCCCACGAGCCGUAAUGGAGGUGCAGAAGGAAGCGCAACGCAUCAUGACCCUGUCGGUGUGGAAGAUGUACCACUCACGGAUGCAGCGCGGUGGUCUGCGGCUGCACCGGAGUCUGCAGCUGUCGCUGGUCAUGCGCAGCGCACGGGAGCUCUACCUCUCCGCCAAGGUGGAGGCUCACGAGCCUGAGGUGCCCUUGCCGACCGGCCGCUCCCCUGACCCUCGCCUGCACCCGCCGCGGGAAGCGGAAGCUGCAGCCCAGGCAGCGCCUCCCGACGGUGAGCCGCCCUCCCCGGAGCCCAUGGACACCCAGGAGACGCCGCGAGCCGAGGAGACCCCUUCCCGCUGCAGCCCACGCCCCGCCAAAGCCAGCCGCAAGCGGCGGAGUAGCAGCUUGAGCGACAGCGGGGACGCCGGACUGGUCCCGAGCAAGAAAGCCAGACUGGAAGAAGAGGAGGCAGAGGAGACGCCGUCGGAAGUUCCCGAUCGCCUGCAGCCCCCUCCGGCGCAAGCGGAGGGCGCUUUCCCCAACCUGGCACGCGUCCUACAGAGGCGCUUCUCCGGCCUCCUGAACUGCAACCCUGCGGCGCCCCCGACGGCGCCGCCAGCUUGCGAGGCAAAGCCGGCCUGCCGCCCGGCGGACAGCAUGCUGAACGUGCUCGUGCGGGCCGUGGUGGCCUUCUGAGGGCCCCGAGUGGCGACACCGGAGCCCAAAGCGCAGGCUGAGCCGUCAGCCCGAGUGCGCAGAUCGAGGCGAGGCUCCCCCCCGGGGUGUGCCCGUGGAAACCGUAAAGAGGAGCCGCCGCCCGGGCUGCCGAGAGGCUCGGAGAGGGCCUUUGCCCCCCGGGAGCCGUUGCCAGCUGUGUGCAGCGGCGGCGCGGAGGAGCCGGGGACGCGGGCGCCUACCGCUGAGACCUGCCGCGUCCGCAGGUGCUGUCUUAACGGACUGGAACUCGGAUCUUUCUCCCUCCGGGACUGGGAGAAAGGGAGGCGUCGUUAUUUCCUCAGGGUUGGACGUGAUUUUUUUUUUUUUUAAACUGAAGCUGUGCUGCCUAUUCAAGGUUUUUCAGUAGUGGGUCUUUACGUUUCAACCUCAGAAUUCCAGGCACUUCCCUUUACCCUCCCUGAUAUACUUGUGCACGCGGUCAUCGUUGCGUCAUGGGGGCAGACGUAAGGCGCUUCCUGUUGCCUUGCGUGGGUGUGGGGCCUAGGAGGAGGGUCUGGGGUGUGGGCCUGCCGGGGGAGUGGGAGGAGGGCGGCCUGAGUCACGUUGCCACAGCGCGUUAUGGGUUAGUACCGGCGCUCCUGUGCCUUCGGGUGGGGGCGGGGGCCGAUCUCAUUACAGAUGAAAAUUGUUCUCAUCUGGGCAUUAGUGGUGGGGACUAUGUUCUCAGACACAGGGACACAAUCCACCCAGACGUUCCUGGUCUGAAUCACGAAAGGGUGGGGCGUGCAGAGCUGCCAUAAAGCUGAGCUGCGACCACUUGCUGGUGAGCCUUGGCCCCAGUUUUGGGAGGCGGGAUUCUUGCCAGGGUCUUUUCCGAGGGUCUGUUUACCUUUCCUGUGGUGGAUUCUGUUUAACUCCAUCUACCUGGCGUUUUGUUAAAAACGUCAGAUUGGAAAAUAAAGACUAUUUGAGUAAAAAAUCUGCUGCCUGUUUUUCUUCCCUGGUGGGGGAGGUGGAGGGUUAAGGGGUCAGGAGCUGGCGGGCUGGCGGCACUGGGGCUGGUGCCCCAGGAACCGGUCUGACCGGUUACCACGUGGGCGGAGGGAGCUGGGCCCCUUUUCUUUGCCACAGCACUUAUCUGGAGCUCCACGUGGGCUCCCUGCUGGCCCCCAGAUUUUGGGGCUCCCUCAAACUUCCACUACAACUCCGGGAUGGGGGAAAGAGUGCUUUCUGAGUUCAACGUUUGGGGGAAAACUGCUGGGUACCGUGACCCAAACCGGUUUGGGAGACCACACCUCUUGUUGGGGGGCUUUGGAAAAAUAGCAGAUCUUCCCUCCCUGUCCUGACCUACUGAAUCGACUCUGGCGGCAGUCCCAAGGACUGCUGUGGGCCCGAGCAGGUGUGCUUUAGAGCGGGCCCCUCACCCAGCAGUCUGAACCUGUUUCUGACGGUAUAACUGUGUGGCUCAGGCAGGGAGAUGAGGCUCCCAGCCUCAGUUUCCUCUUCUGUGAAA